UAUUAUACUUUUUUUGCUCCUCAUUAAUUGCAACCAUGCAAUGUUGUUAUCAGACUUUUUUUGUUGCAUAAAAACUGGAGAAUGAUAAACAACGAUAACAGUUGCUAAUAUGAAAAUUAAUUAGAAUAUUUUUGUUUUGCAAAACAAUUUGAUUUCCGUACCUGCAAAUACAAUAUUCGAAUUGGAGCAACACUUUUGUAUCUUUAUAUCAUUACGCCAAUCGAGUGUCAUAAGAAAUCGUAUCGAUCAAUUUAUUGCCAAGCGGAUCAAGGGUCAGGGUGCAAAAAUCGCAAUAUACGUAAUUCAAACAAGUGUAAUUUGUGCUCGAGCAACCAAAGCAAAUUUAAAUCAUGUCUUUUGGAAAACUAGUUGGCUCAAUUGAUGAAGGCACCACGUCCGCCCGCUUUAUGAUUUUUCGCGCUGGUACAAACAACGUCGUAUGCUAUCAUCAAAUUGCAGUGCCAUCUAUUUAUCCACAGGAAGGCUGGGUGGAACAAGAUCCCAUCAUCAUAUACGAUUUGGUUGUGGAAUGUAUGGAAGAAGCCGUAAAAAAAUUGGAAAAAUUAGGAGGAUCAAUUAAGGUAAAUAUUUAACUCUCUAAACAGCUAUACAUUUAUAUCGCACGUUUAAUAAUAUACAGAAAUUUCAAUUUUGUGGGAAAACACAAAGUUUGAUCGACUAAUACAGUUGGUAUCAUGCCGAAACAUAAAAUUUAAUUACAUUGCUGAUAUUUUUAAAGCUAAAUAUAUAAAAUCCACAGCAAUUAUA